ACACACGCUGCUGCUGCUCCACGAGUGUUCCUGCAUCCUCCCCGUGACAGAAGCAGCUCUGACUGACUCGCUCCGAUCCUCCUUUUGUUACGAAGACAAACCCGGAGAUAAAGAAGAUAAACUUUAACCAAAAAACCGAGAACAGAAACAGAAACGCUGGUUCUGCUGGGCUUGAGCUGCUGCUGCUGCUGCAGGUCUGGACUUGACCCCCCUAGCAUGGUGGUCUGAGGAGGAGGAGGGGGGACCGGCUGGACUUCAGCGACUCAGAGCGACCCGGAGGAACCCACGGAGGAACCGACCCGGGAGCCGACAUGUCUGUGAACCGGGACCUGGUGGUGUUUUACAUCAAGUACAAGCUAGCGCAGCGGAGCUACCCGCUCAACCACAUCGUGUUCAACGAGGCCCCCGGCCGGACGGAGCCGGCAGAGACUCCUCACGCCAACGGGACCUUUAACGGGACCAGUCCCGGCACCCCGCCGUUAGCGCCGCCCGCGGCGGCGGCGGCGGAGAACCUGGAUGCGGUGAAGGAGGCGCUGCGCGACACGGCUAACGAGUUCGAGCUGCGCUACGCCCAGGCCUUCUGCGACCUGCACAGCCAGCUGCACAUCACGCCGGCCACCGCCUACCACAGCUUCGAGAGCGUCAUGGACGAGGUGUUCCGGGACGGCGUGAACUGGGGCCGCAUCGUGGCCAUCUUCACCUUCGGGGGGGCGCUGUGCGUGGAGUGUGUGGAGAAGGAGAUGAGCCCGCUGGUGGGACGCAUCGUGGAGUGGAUGACCGUCUACCUGGACAACCAGAUCCAGCCCUGGAUCCAGAGCCAGGGAGGCUGGGACCGCUUCGCCCAGGUGUUCGGCCAGGACGCGGUGGCGGAGAGCCGGCGGUCCCAGGAGAGCUUCAGGAAGUGGCUGCUGGUGGGGGCCACGGUGGUGACGGGGGUGGUGGUGGGCUCGCUGUUCGCCCAGAAGCGCCUGUGAGGGCCCUAGGCCCCGCCCCCUGGGGCUAGGCCCCGCCUCCGGGGCUAGGCCCCGCCCCCUGGCCAGGCCACGCCCCCGGACCAAGCUCCGCCCCUGCUCAUCUGAACUGCUGAU